GAUUCUGUUUUUCAGUAUACACUUUGGUUUUCGCAACAACAGCAACUCCACAAUGUAUCUCGCCGCGCUCCUGCUCUCGGUGCCGCUCUCCUUGUGCCUGCUGUACUUGUAUUGUGAGCUCAAAUACAAGUAUUGGCGGAAGCGCAAUGUCCCCAGCCCGAAGCCCACGCUGCUCUUCGGCAACAUCCUGCGAUCGUUGCUGAUGAAAAUCCAUCUCGGCGAUUUGUGGACGGAAAUUUACAAGCAAUACAAAGAUGCCAAAUUCGUCGGAUGCUACAUCUUCACCAAGCCGGCCAUCAUGAUCCGCGACCCUGAUCUGAUCAAAACGAUCCUCACUUCCGACUUUAAUCAUUUCCUUCAGAACGAGAUGGAAAUCGAUAAGAAGGUCGAUCCGAUUAGAGGCAGGUGCCCGUUUGCUCAGUACGGCGACGCAUGGAAGGAUGAACGCAAAAGAUUAUCCACGAAUUAUUCUCUUACCAGGAUCCGUGCCAACUACCCGAUUAUCAAGGCCUCUGGCGAGAAUGUGACUAAAUACAUCGAGAAGCAAAGGCUGGCCGGUCAAACCCUUAACGCCUACGAGUUGGCUAUCCGCUACACCAUCGAUUUGGUUUUACCCUACGGCUUGGGCAUUAACGCCAAGGCUUUCGAAAAUGAUAACGACGAGUUUUUGAAGAUUGCCCGCGGCGGAAGAGACUCAAACAGCUACAUCUCCGGCCUAUCUGGUCUUCUUAUUCAAGUCGCAUCUACGUUUACUAACGCGUUCAAAAUCAAGAAGUACGAUGACCAUACCAUUAAUUUCUACUCGACCUUUGUGAGCGAUUUGGUGAAAUACCGCAAGCAGAAUAACAUCGUCCGCAACGAUUUCUUGACCAGUCUGUGCGAAUUCACAAAAACUGAUGAAAACUUCCACGAUAUCGAUGUAAUGGCUCAGAUCGCUGGCUUCUUUGACGAUGCUGUCGGCAAUACUAGCCUUGUCAAAUCGUUCAUGCUGCACGAAUUGGCCACACACCCACAUGUCCAAAAUAAGCUCCGUGAAGAAAUCCGUGCGGCCAAAAAGGAUGGCGAAAUCAGUUAUGAUGAAUUGAACAAGAUGAAAUACUUGGACGCUGUCAUCAAUGAAACCAUCAGAUUGCACAAUCCUGAUCCGCAAUUGAUGAAGCGUUGCACGAAACAAUACGAACUGCCUGGCAACUUAAUUGUUGAACCUGGUACGACAAUCAUCAUUCCGAUCAAUGCCAUUCACAGAGAUGACGCUUACUAUGACGAACCUCUGAAAUUCAAUCCCGAGAGGUGGUUGGACGAGCACGAGCCACGGAAUCCUAACGCCUUCCUGCCAUUCGGCCUUGGACCAAGGAAAUGCAUAGGAAUGCCUUUGGCACUGAUUCAGUUCAAAGUCUACUUGUGCAGCAUUCUCGAGAACUAUCACCUCGAAGUGGUCGCCAAUGAAGCGUGCGACGUGAAACAGAUGAAGACUGAUCCCAAAGUCCUGUAUAGAUGUCCACACGCGCCAGUUAUUCUUAAUGCCAUUAAAGUUUAAUAUGUAUCCUAUUAUAGUUUGUAAGUUGUGUUGUUGCGAAAUGUCCCAAAGAUUUCUUAUUCUAAAGAAACGUCAAACACUGUUUGAGCUGUGAAAUAAUAAACUUGAUAAGAUAAUAUUAAAACAGCAAAA